GUAGCCAGAGAAAAAGUUCGAGGUAACAAGCUGGUUUGCUUUCUCACGGCGCUCUGGCGGCGACAGCAGCAAGCAGCAGCAGCAGAAGUCCUGCACGGCAAUUGGGCUUCAACACAUAUUUCCACACCACACAGACACGGACACGCACGCGCACACCCGCCGCUGUGCUGUCACGCACUGAGCCCAACGCACGCCCUACCAAGCCCUGCCGUCCAGUCGGCGCGUUUUCUCACACAAUCCCGCCUCUGCGCAUAAAGCCUGCCGUCCUUGGGUCUUCGUCAGUCUGCGAUAGCUAGGCCGUUUUGACUUUGGUGCCUCCUCCAGUCCUCCCAUUACUGGAGCCAGUUCACCCUACCCCCCCUUGCCCGAAAUCCGCUGCACGACCUGAACUCACCCUCCCUUUUCUACCUGCUACUGCCUGCCCAUCAUGUCGGCCGUGCCAGCCUGGAAGCGAUUGGGUCUGAAGCUCAAGGGAGCCAGCUCGGACGGAAGCCCUGCUGCCACCACCUCGCAACCCACGACCACGGCAGCCUCCGCCCCUCCUCCAGGCCGCUUCGCACACCACCAGCAGCGCUCCAAUUUCAAUCCAGACGGCCAGUACGGGACCCCCGCCUUCAACAAGAGGAAGCAGUUCCAGUCUGGCUCGUAUCCUGCGUCUGACAACAAGCGGCCGAGGUGGGACGACUCUGAUUUCACCCCGUCCAAGAAGUCUGUCUCCUUUUCCCAGGAUACCAAAAAGGCAGCCCUCAAGAAACCAAAGCCGGCCAAGAAGAAGAAGAAGGCGUCCAAACCGCAGCCGGCCUCACAGACCCAUGAUCUCACGCCCUCCCUCGAGUACCUCAGGACGUGGCACAAGGCCCGCGAUGCCUGGAAGUUUAAUAAGAACCAUCAGACCCUUUUGUUGAAGUACAUGUACAAAGCCGAAGCCCUACCGGCUGCGGACAUCGACACAUUCUACCUCUACAUCAGCGAUAUAAAAGGUGGUUCUAGGACCAGGUUGAUCGAACAAGCCGAGGAAAUAAGGAAGAAGGACAUGGAAGCCGGACCCAAGGCGUUCCCCGAGGGCACCAAGGGUGCCGAGGAGAAGCAAGGGCAAUACGAGGAGAUGCUAGCCGGCCUCUUGAAGGAGAACAACGCGGCGAAGGAGAGUGGGGGCUCUAACGCUGCACCCAAACGAAGUUUUGACGAGGUGGAAUUCACCCUGCGCACUGCUGACAAGGACGUCCAGCAGCGCCUGGUGAAGCGCAUGCGUGCCGAGUUGGUCAUCGACACACUCAAAUCCUCAAGCAGCGAGGAUGAUACGGGAGCACCUUCGGUCAGCACUGCCAAAGCCACAUCCUCGAGGGUCAAGGUUCCAGUACAAACCGGCGCCAACGCAAACUCGAACGGCACCGAGGGCACGAAACAAAAGGCCAAACGAAGGAAGAAGUUGCGAACGGCGGACAGCAGCAGCUCUGAAUCAGAAUCAUCUUCGGAUUCAGAUAGUGAUUCCAGCUCUGAUGACUCUACCGGUGGAGCCGAUAACGCCGGUGACAGCAGCUCGUCAUCCUCCGACUCCGACUCCGACGAGGACUCGGGAGCCGCGAAUGGGCGCGCCAACUCCGAGACCUCCUCGAGCAGCUCUUCGUCUUCAGACUCGGAUUCUGAAGCUGACUCCUCACCUGAUGCAGCUAUUGCCGGUGACGAAGAGGACACGUCGGGCAGUGAUGGUGAUAGUGAGAGUAGUGACAGUGACGAUGAGGACUAGAGAGCGUCCUUUGGGAGUUAUGGGACCAACCAUCUAAGCACCAUGACUCAACAAUGCAGUGAAUGGAGAAACCGUCGGGACAGAUGGAAGGCCACGUUAGAAUGACUCUUUUCGUGAUCGCAGGUUCACUGGCUCUCAGUGGUCAUAAUGACGGUUCUGGGGGCUAUGGGAGGAUGCUUGGGAGCGAGGAUGGGAGAGUAGAUGGAACUGGCAGAGUCAAUCCGACGUUGAGAGCGGCUUGAAUGAGACAACCCGACUCUGUUAGGAUUCGACCUACCUUUGAAUCGUAUAUGCGGCCUUUGUGUAACUUUUGUCACACGCCUCAGCCUGAGGUGGCUAUAGCGUCUUGAGGAUGAUGAUUGAUGACUGCUGACUAGAAGGUUCCAUUUCACUGUCAUUGUAAAGACAAAGUGUGCCGGCCUCAUGAUUGGACCACCAAGCACAUCUCAUUCGGACAUACUUGUAUCACUGAGGACAGUGUGUCGCAAGAGCAUUCAUGACUGAUAUCGCGACCAAUAAAGGCUCUUCACGUUCAUAUCAAUACUUCAGGUACUUAAGUAGUUCAACAUUUGAGCCCCAUGGGAUCUCUGACCAA